AGUUAAAACGCAAAAAAAACCCUCUCUGCGCCGCCCCCCCCGUCUCUCUUCACUUAUCUCCUUCCACUCAUCGAAGAACAGUGAACCCUAAUCAUCAAUCCUCAAGAUGAAUCGGGAGAAAUUGAUGAAGAUGGCUAACACUGUCCGUACUGGCGGGAAGGGUACAGUCAGAAGGAAGAAGAAGGCUGUGCACAAGACCAAUACAACUGAUGACAAGAAGCUCCAAAGCACCCUCAAGAGAAUUGGAGUUAAUUCCAUUCCAGCUAUUGAAGAAGUUAACAUCUUUAAGGAUGAUGUUGUUAUUCAGUUCACCAACCCCAAGGUUCAAGCUUCAGUUGCUGCAAACACAUGGGUUGUUAGCGGUUCUCCUCAGACCAAAAAAUUGGAAGAUAUCCUUCCUCAGAUUCUCAGCCAACUCGGACCAGACAACAUGGACAAUCUGAGGAAGUUAGCAGAGCAGUUUAAGAAUCAUUCCCCUGUUGAAGGGAAUGCCUCGGCAACCAUCCAAGAGGAUGAUGACGAUGAUGUCCCAGAUCUUGUAGCUGGUGAGACAUUCGAAGCUGCUGCUGAAGAGAAAGUAGCUGCUGCUGCUUCUUCUUAGAGAAGAAGAGCGAGAUCACAGCAUAUGAAACCGCACUUUGAUUAUUACAUAUCUUUUAUAAAUGUUUGUUCGCUCGAUCCGUUUUUGUAGUGUUUCCGACCAGAUUGUUCGUUCUCAGAUAAUAAUUUAAGGUUUUUAUCCAAUUGA